UCAUAUUUGUGAUAAAAGGUAGAUAUUUGUGGUCCAAAUAAAUUCUUCCGUACUUUGUUAAGAACAAUUAUCCAGUAAGGCUAACACUACAGAAAUGACUACCACACGUGAGAAACCAACGUUAUCCUAUGAACAAAAAUUAUUUUACGAGAAAAAUGGAUAUAUCUUGAUUAGAAACAACUUGGAUUCAGUUUUUUUGGACAAACUACGCCUGAGAUUCGAAGAUAUAUGUGAAGGAAGGACCCAAGAUUACAAAGCCCGGGUAAUCAGAGAUCCCGUUUUGAAAAAGGUGGGGCUAACCGGCCAAUACGUUGUGAAUAAACUACAAGAUAUCCUCUACGACGAAGUAUUGGGAAAGUAUGCGACAUGCAACGAAAUAGUGGACGUUUUAGAGCAAAUAAUCGGUCCAAAUAUAACCGGGAUACAUUCCAUGCUAAUCAACAAGCCUCCAAACUCCUAUCCUGAUAUUUCAAGACAUCCUUUACACCAAGACCUGUAUUACUUUCCUUAUCGACCUGCGAACAAAGUCGUCUCUGCCUGGACCGCAAUGGAAAGAGUUGACGAGAGGAACGGAUGUUUAUAUGUCGUUCCAGGAUCACAUAUGGGUCCACUACACAAGCACGAAUAUCCAGAGGGCAGUAAACAUAAACUCUACCACGGAGUACCGGAAAUGAACAAUUGUCCUAAACUUCACGUCGUUAUGGAGAAGGGAGACACGAUUUUUUUUCACUCUUUACUAUUGCAUGGAUCCGGACCUAACUUCACAAAGGGCUUCAGGAAGGCAAUAACAUGUCAUUAUGCUGAUUCGAACUGUAAAAUAAUUGAUGUUAAUAAUACAGUUCAGGAGAAUGUUGCCAAGGAAAUUGAAGAUAUGGUAAAAAGAAGAAGCGGUGCACGAAUGAGUUUUGUGAAUAUUAUUCUGGCAAAAAACAAAUUGAUCAGAGGACCCCCCGGAUCAUUACAGCACAUUGACAGUCAUCUCUGACGUAAGGUCAUCGGUUGACAAUUAAGUGUCAGUUUCAUAAAUAAAUUUGUUCAAUUUCAA